AGAGGUGGCAGAUUGGUGUGUGGGUGAUGCAAGUGACGCGGUGAGAAAAAAUUGACAGACGAGAAAAUUUUGUAUGUGGAAAAAAAAAAUAAUGUCGAAUAAAAAUUGCAAAUGAAGUGAAAAUGUUUACGGGCACGAUUAAGAUAAAAGUGUGUGAGGCCUGUGGGCUGCGGCCGACGGACUUCCAGACGCGACACAUGAUGACUUUCGGGAAUAAAGAGGUGGAAAAAAUCGACGCAUACGUCUCCAUUGAUGUUGAUGAAAAUCACCUAGGCGUCUCCACCACCAAACCCAAGACCUUCGAUCCCGUCUGGAAUGAGAACUUUUCCCACGAAGUGCACAAUGCCAAGAAUCUCAGCUUGACAGUAUUCCACGAUGCAGCUAUUCCACCGGAUGACUUUGUGGCCAACUGCAAUAUCCCCUUUGAGGACAUGAUGCAGCGGGAGAAGGAACAGCAGGACUUCUGGGUUGAUCUUGAGCCACAGGGAAAGAUCCACGUGCUCAUUGACUUAGUAUGGCAUGAUCAAAAUAAUGCACAGAGCGGUGCCGCACCAGUGGCCACCGUGUCCGGAGGUCGAGAGUUCAAAGAGCGUGCGGGCUUCAAUCGACGACGGGGAGCAAUGCGAAGACGCGUCCACCAAGUCAAUGGACACAAAUUCAUGGCAACAUUCUUGAGACAGCCAACAUUUUGUUCACACUGCCGAGAAUUCAUUUGGGGUAUCGGUAAACAAGGCUAUCAAUGUCAAGUUUGCACUUGUGUGGUUCACAAAAGAUGCCAUCGAUCUGUUGUCACAAAAUGUCCAGGAAUGAAGGAGGAGCAAUCUGCUGGCCAGGGCUUCACAGUGAACAUCCCACAUCGUUUUGUGGUGCACAACUACAAGAGAUUCACAUUUUGCGACCACUGUGGCUCCCUGCUGUAUGGCUUAAUUCGACAGGGAUUGCAGUGUGAAGUGUGCAAUAUGAAUGUGCACAAGAGGUGCCAGAAGAAUGUUGCCAAUAAUUGUGGAACGAAUGUGAAGCAAAUGGCAGAGAUUCUCCAAGCUAUGGGACUAUCGGCAGACAAGCAGGGGCCACCGCGGAGAUCACGGUAUCUCAAUCAGACUGCAGGUGAGAGUUCAACGGCAAGCGAGAGAUCGUCCGAUAGUGGUGUGAGUUCGGGACUCUCGGAGAAGUCUGCAUUGGAGAAUGCAAAGGCAAAUGAAGCCUUCCAGCAUGGGGAUCAUGGGCACGAAGUGAUGCACCGAGGAAAGAUGGGUCUUAUUGAUUUCAAUUUCAUCAAAGUCCUGGGCAAGGGUUCCUUUGGCAAAGUAAUGCUGGCGGAGAAGAAGGGCACCGAUGAGGUGUAUGCGGUGAAGGUGCUGAAGAAGGACGCCAUCAUUCAGGAUGAUGAUGUUGAUUGCACAAUGACGGAGAAACGGAUUCUCGCUCUAGCGGCAAAGCAUCCCUUCCUCACAGCCCUCCAUUCCUGCUUUCAGACGCCAGAUCGUCUGUUCUUCGUCAUGGAAUAUGUGAAUGGUGGUGAUUUAAUGUUCCAAAUUCAGCGUGCCCGUAAAUUCGAUGAGGGCCGUGCAGCUUUCUAUGCAGCUGAAGUGACACUGGCACUGCAAUUCCUACAUCGCCACGGUGUCAUCUAUCGAGAUCUCAAGCUCGAUAAUAUCCUUCUCGAUCAGGAGGGACAUUGCAAACUCGCAGAUUUUGGGAUGUGCAAAGAGGGCAUACUCGAUGGUGUUCUCACGUCAACAUUUUGCGGCACACCCGACUACAUUGCCCCGGAGAUCCUUCAGGAGUUGGAAUAUGGGCCAUCGGUCGAUUGGUGGGCACUUGGUGUUCUCAUGUAUGAAAUGAUGGCUGGACAACCACCAUUCGAAGCUGAUAACGAAGACGAUCUUUUCGAAUCAAUCCUCCACGAUGAUGUUCUGUAUCCUGUAUGGUUGUCACGCGAAGCAGUGUCGAUUUUAAAGGGUUUUAUGACGAAGAACCCUGCAAGACGUUUGGGGUGCACAGGAAAUGAGAAUCAAAUAAAAAGUCAUGCAUUUUUCAAAGAUCUUGAUUGGGAUGCGUUGGAAGUGCGAAAAGUAAGACCCCCCUUCAGGCCUAAAAUUAGAAGUCCACGGGACGCAUUAAAUUUCGAUGCCGAAUUUACCAAAGAAGAACCUGUACUAACACCUGUUCCAGUAGAUACAAUUCGUUGCAUAAAUCAAGAUGAAUUUGCUGGUUUCUCAUUUGUCAAUCCGGACUUUGGUCCCGAGCGGAGAGUUUGCUAAAUCAAAUUCUACCAUUUUGGUUGUUUUUUAUUUUAUUUAAUUUUAUUUACACAAAAGGAAACCUUUUUAAAUUAAUAAUUUUAUUGAAUGUGUAUUGACGUGCGAUUAAAAUCGGAAAAGGAAGCUUUGUUCUCUUUAACAAUCUUUCAAUUUGAUUAAGAAAAAGUUAGAGAGGAUAUAGUUUUAUUGUGAAAUUAUUUUGAUUCUUAUUUAUGAAAUAAGAAUCUAUAUUUUGUGAAAAGGAACAAAAGUGUUGAAGAUGUAAAACCUUUAUUUGUCGACAUUAAAAAUGAUCGUUUUGUAAUUUAUUUUAUCAUGCAAAUUAUGAAGAGAGAAAAAAAUUAAUGAAGAAACCAACAACAAAAAAUAAGCAAUUAGAAAUUUAAAAAAAAAACGCAGAAGAAACUCAAAAUAAAAUUAAAACAAAAAAAAGAACUAUUUAUAGACAAAAUAUAAAGAAUGGAAAAUAUUAUAGAAAAAUGUAUUUAAAAAAAAUAGGAAAUGAUUCAAACAGAAAAAAAAUCUAGAAAAUAAAGUGGUAUGGUCCUUUAUUAGAUGAUAGACAGAGAGAUUUAUGUGGGAAAAUUCGUAAAUGAUAAAGGAGUCAUUUCACAUGGGAAAAAAAGAAUUACACCUGAAGAGAAGAAAUGUAUUUAGAAAAUAUUGGAUUUUCUUUUUCUUUCUUGGCCCUAAUUUAGCAUACCUACCGGAAUUUUUCCAAUACUACUGCUAAUGUACAACAUAAUCAAUGUAACAUGGCCAAAUUAUAAUUACUUUGUCAUAACUUAUUUCUUUGGCAGAAUUUUUAUAGGAAAAGUUUUUUUUCAUAAAACUUUUUUAAGCUCUAAACGUUCCUGAAAUACAAAAUCCCUAAUUUACUCCUCUACUACCUACCUAUAGAUGAAUUCAAAGGCUUAAUUAAAAGAAAGCCUUUACGUAAGCCUUUGAAUUUUGUUUUUGAAUAAAAAAAGAAACAAGAUAACAAUUCAAUAUUUUCUAAUUUUGUAAAAUUCAAUUUUCUCUCACAUCAUUAAAUUUUAAUGACACUACAUUUUUACGGAAAAGAACAAACAAAUUUGCGAAAUGUGGGCUAAAACGUAUAACUCUAAACUUUCGUAGUGAUAAUGUUAAUAUAUCCAUUUUUUAUUACAUCAUCUUCACAUAUAAUGUGAUUUUCUAAUAUACUGAAUUUUUGUAUCUCCCCCUAAACUAUUUAAUCCACAAGGAUAAACCUAUCUCUAAAUGAAAAUUUUAGUUCUUCAGCAAUAUGAUUGAAGGUUUAGAAAAUAUAUCUUUUUACAUUUUUCAGUCGUAAAAUUUUUACGAAAAAAAAUUAAAAUUUUUAUGAGAACGGGAAAACUUUAUGAAAAAAAAAAUUUAAAACAGUGUUUUGAAAAGUAUUUUUUGGAUGGAUUUCCUUAAAAGAGAAAACAAGAAAUUUUUAAAUGAUAAUCUUUUGAGGAAAACAGAUUUUUCUUAGUAAAUCACAAAAAUCUCACAAAUUAUUUAUUUUAUUUCUACUUCUAUGCUUCUCUAUGAGUACAAACGAAUUUCUUUUAUCGAUUUUAUUGUUUUUAAUGAUUGAGAUUCUAUUUUUGUUUUUAGUACUUUCGCAUUCUAAAAUGCUGUAUUAGAAAACGUUCUAAGGAGUUCUUUUUGGUAGCUUUCUGCUAAAACGUGAUCGUUUUAUAUACUUGCGAAUUUUAUUUAAAAUAUAAUUUAUUUUUGGAAAAAUAAUAUUUUGGAGCAGGAAUCUUUCUCUCAGUAUACGCUUCUAUCGCACUUCUGGAUCAAAUAUUUUAUUAUUAUAGUAUUUUUUAUAGUAUAUACAAAUAUUUUAUACGUUUGUUUUUCUAGUCAUUCUGUUUUUUUUAAUAGAGAAAAAAAAACAGAAAACAAACAAGUUGUAUUUUUUCCAUAUUACUUUUUUAUACAAUAUUUAAUUUUAUAGUGUUAUAAUUAUUAAAAAAAAUAGUGCUUGUGUUGCAUAUCAAUUUGUUCAGGUUGUCAUUAAAGUUUUUUUUUUUUAUUUUUGACUUGUAUUUUGUGCUCAAUAGUAGUUUAAAAAAUUAAUGUUAUUGCUUACACACAAUGUAUUAUUGUUUUGUUUUUUAUUUUUAAGAGAAUUAAAUUUUUGAGAUUAACACAGUUUACGUUCAACAAUAUAAUAGUAUUUUUUUUCAACUGAAUGAUCUGUUAUUGUAAUCUCUGUGCCAAUAAAUUGAAGGGUGUUUAUUUUUGGUUCUUAUCGAAUAAUAUUAUCUAUAUACUACAUAUAAUAUAAUAGAAUCCCUUUUAUAUGAAAUUAAGAAAAUUUACAUAAAGAAACAAUUAUUGAGCACAAUGUUUUAUCUUAUAUUCAACUUGUUAUAAAGUAUGAAAUACAAUUAUGAGAAGAGGUAAAAGAAAAUAGAAAAAGAGAUGAAUAUUUAUAAGAAAUAGCAUUAGAAUAGUAUUUUAUAUAGAAAAGAAAUAGAGUGGAGAAAUUAAAUUUGAAGAAAAAAAAGAUUAUUAUUAUGUUGAUGAUUUUUGAAUUUUAAUAAUGAUUAUUUUCUUGAAAAGAUAAAAUGGAACAAAAUACGCAAAUAUGAAGAAAAAUUAUUUUAUAGAAUUGUUUGUUAUAUAGAUAUUCACACUGAAGAGAGAAAAAUCUAUUUAUUAUUCUAAUAGCUAAAAAAAACAAGAAUCAGAAAGAAUCAACUAAGCCCACAAAAUAGAAUGAAAUAAAUAUAUUUUUAUUGUCUUUAGGUGCCAGAUAUUAAAAGGAAAAAAAAAGAUGCUUGUGUAUUGACGAUGAAUUUCUUUCUUCAUGAAAAAUGGGAGAAUUUUGAAAAAUUUAUAGGUAUUUAUUGCAUUAUAUUUUUUUAUUUAGUUAGAAGAUAUAUUAUAAUAUAAUAAUGUACCAUUUUAAAAACUUUCAAGAGAAGCAAAAAAUACAAGAACAAUUUUUGUUUUCUUUUACUCAUGACUGAAGAUUAGUAUUUUUUUGUUACAUUGCUGUGAAAAUUCUUGUUUCUCAAUAUUAGUAUCCCUCUUUUUCAUCCCAAAGAGUUUAAGAAAAAAUGAAAUUUAUUGCGGAGAAUACUUUAAAUCUCACAUUACCAAUGAUGAGAAUGAUAAUGGUUUUCAUGAAAAGCCAUAAAAAAGGAAACAAAAAAAACUGUGUUGUCAAUAGUGAUCAAAUAGAUGUGAGAAGAGAUGAAUAAAUUAAAAUACAUCAAAAUUAUAAUAAAUAAAAUAUUAUUUGAAACAUAUAAGAUAAAAAAGAAACCACAUAAAUAAAGAUAUAAAAUAUAAAAUAGCAUUAAGUGUAAAUGUUUUGCUUCGUGUUGAUGAAAAUAUAAUCUUAAAGAAAUCUAUUAAAGAGAAAUUGUGUCAUAUAUAGGUACAUAAUCGAAUAAACAUAACUACAUAAUAGUUACAUUAAAUUACAUUUGAAGAUACAAUACCAUACAAUACAAUCGAUCAUUCAAACAAUUUGCAUAAGAAAAUAUUUAGAAAAGAAACUACAUUUGCAUAUUCUUUUUUUAAAAAAAUGUUUUAAACCUCGCGAUGGCAAGUUAGAUCAACUGCCAAUUUGAAGAUAUUUUAAUUUACUUAGCACCGUAGUACGUAAUGGGCUUUUCUUUAUUUUUGACACAACCUAAGAUUUUCGUGAAUGGAAAGUCUACUUCCUCAGGCUCAAAAUAAAAAGGAAAUUUUAAUUUUACAACAUUAAUACACAUUUAUCAAAUUGAAAAAAAAAUCACUAAUUCUAAAUUUUACUUUCUUUUCCCCACUUUUAUCUGGACCUGAUGAAAAAAGAAAUCGUUUCCCAAAAGAAUUUAUAAACUAGUUUAAAAACAAGUUUCUAUGCUAGAAAAUUAUCCCUGGAAUUUACUAAUUCAUCUUUUUAAUGUAAAAAAAAUAAUGCAAAUGUUGUUUCACCCACUGAAUAGUAAGAAAAAAAACUCACCUCAUUCUAUGAGUUAUAAUGAAAGACUCUUUUCUGAAAUGAAAAUAAAAAUAAUAAUAUAAAAACGUUGAGGGCUAAACUAAUUGGAUGAAAAACAAAGAGGAACAAGAACACAGUUUAGUGACAGCUAUAGUGAGGGCAGAUAGAUAAAUACUUAGAUUUAAGUGAGACUAAAAGUGGGAAGAAGAUUUUAAAUCAAAUUCAUUUUGGAAAAUAUGUAAAAGGGGGUUAAGAUGGAAAAUAAUUUGAAUUCAUUGGAAAUCAUUAUACGAAAUGAUAGAAAAAAAACUCCUAAUGCUUUCGACUAGCCAAAGAAUGUAAACUAUAAUUAUUAAAUACUAUAGAAAUAACAAAAAAAGGAGAAAAAAAAUGUGGGAAAUGGGGUUAUUAACUGUUAGAAUGUGUUUAAGGAAAACAAAAUAAAAAAAAAUACAAAAUACAAAAGAAAACAUGAGGAAUUGAAAAGAGAUUACAGAGGGAUUAUUGCAAAAUAUAUUGUUUCUCGAUAUAUACACUCGACGGAUGAAUAGGAAAAUUUAAAUCAAAGAAAUAUAGAGAGAAUAUAGUAAUUAAAAAAAAAGAGAAAAUAUUUGUAAAUUAAUUGUGUGUGUGUGUAUAAAAUGAAGAAAAAAAUCAAUUUCUUGGGAGAUACCAUCUUAAAAAAAAAAUAUUUUAAUACCUAUAGGAAAAUGAUUAAUAUAUUCAGCAGGGGUCCACUGAAUACAUAACACUCAUGACUCUCCUAUUCAUUUGGCAAUGAGUGUAAGAAGUCGUAAAAAAAGGAGAAUAAAUAAAUGGGAGUGUCAUGGUCUUUUUCGGGGUGAUUUUGUGACUAUUUUAAACGGCUGAUUAAACCCCAGACAUGAAUUUUUAAAAUGAAAAAAAUAUCAAUUUUUAAUGAUCUACUUCGGUGACUAAAUUGCACAUUUGGACCAAGUCUAGGUAAAUUAAAGAAAAAAUAAUAAUUAUUGUAUUAUUUUGUAAAAUGAUCUCAUUAUUUUUCCGCUAUUUUUUUUUCUAUUUUCUUUCACUCUGAGAGUAUCUAUAUACACAUAUAUUUCUCGAUCAAACUCAGAUUAAGUGAACCUAGACUCUGUCAAAAAUGCUACAAUUUAGGCAAGAACAAAAUCGCCCCGAAAAUCUACAACAACUCUAGUCCCGCCUUUAGGAAAUAAAAUAAAAGAAAAAUAUAUAUAAAAAUACCUAUUAAAAAAAUUCAGUUCAUUGUGAGACAAAACUAAUAAAGAGAAAAGAUGAAAAUAAGCGCAGUAAUAACUAUAAAUAAAUAACAGUGAAAUAUACUCCCACCAUGCUACAAACAAUACAAGAAAAUCUCCUUUUAAUAGAUGAAUGCAAAUAAAAAAAAACAGUCGAAUAGUAAAAAAUAAAAACAACAGUAAGAUAUAAAAAAAUAAAUAUUGUCAAACGUAAGAAAAAAAAACAUAAUACCUGUUGCAAAAAGAGAACAAAAAUUUUGACCCCUGUUUGUCAGUGUUUUAAUAAAAGAAAAAAAGCAAAAAAAAAGUAAUUUAGUAUAUGAAAAAAAAGAAUUGUUUAGGUAGUCAUUAAUAUAAAUAACUAAAUGAGAAACACCUAAAAGAAAAUCUUCAAACAUUUAAAAUUAAGAGGAUGUUAAGGACAAAAAAAUUAUGUGGUGAAAAUAAUCAAGAAUAUUUAUAUUGUCUUUUUAUUUGUGAAACAUUUUGGAAUUGAGGUAAAAAAAAAUUGCAAACAAAAAAACUUUUUCAUCGAAUCAUUAAUCAUAAUAUUUUUUCUUUUCUUUCCAUUUUUUUAAUUAUGUGAUGAAAAAGUUUCAAUGGGAAAAUCGCAUUAAAAAAAUUACAUAAAAUAUACAUUAAAUACACUUUUCAAAUCAAACAUUUUAGAUAUAAAAAAAAUGGAAGAAGAGAACAAAAAAAAUUAAAAUAUUGAAUGAAGAUCAUAAAAAAACACUCGAAAAAGAAAAACGAUCUCAAUCGAUUUUCUUUGUGAAUGAUGGUGAAAUUUAGUUCAUUUUUAAUUGGAUUUAAGUGAAAAAACAAAAAAAGAUAUUUAUAGUGAGAUUUUUCGACGUCAAUCUUUGAUGAAAUGAGGAAGAAAAGAGAAAUAAAUUAACAAUGGUAGGGAAGGAAGAUAAUGUAAUAACACACCAUAAAAAAUCAUAAUACCUUUCAUGGUUCCCGUUAUAUUGAUGUAAUGUCGCAAUUAAUGAAUAAUAUAUACUAAAUAACUUAAAAAUAAA